AAAAUUCAAUUUCCUUUCUCAUUUACGCAUACUCCUCUUGGUUUCCUUCUCCCUCAACCAUCACUCUCCGAAUCUCCAGUUUUCAUUUUCCCUUUGUUGAAAUUUUGUAGACUUAUAAUUUGGAGCUUUUGAAAUGGGGAUUGACGUUGAUUUAGCAGCUAGAAACAACAGACUGGUUCGCUUGCUAGCUGUAUCCUUGGCAUGGGCGACAUUGGAAAUAUUAUAUCAGGAGAAGAACAGGACGGGGGCUAGAAUCAAAAAGCCAACUUUAGCUGCAAGGUCGCCGUUCAAUGAGAGGGCUGUCAGACUCACAGCCAAGGCCAACAUAGUUGACAGAGAAUUGUAUUACUGGGUGCUAAGCACAACAACCACAAAUAAGGACGACGUUGUCUACAAGGACAGUUUCAAAGAAACAUUGCAUGGGGAGUUCCAAUCAUUAGCUCCAUUCAAGAGGGUCAGCCCUGCAAUUGUAGACACAUGGUCUUCUUAUUUGAACAACAUGGAGCAGCUUAAAGCGCCAGAGACAGUGUCUAGGCUGUUCUUCUCCACGAAUCCUUGUAAGAAAACCGUUGUCGACGCUCCGACGGAGUGGAAUGCGAAGCAAAAACUAGAUACAUUCUGGACCAGGCUCUUUGGAGAAGCGCUAGGAAUGAGUAUCCUUCAGUGGGAGACAUUUGAUAUGAUCUUUUUCCCAAUAUGGGGUGCAGCGCAGGAAUAUGUGAUAUGUUUUGAUUUGCCUGACGGGAAAAUGAAUAUCAUAGACCAUAGCUUCCCAGAACCGGACGCAUCUGUUGAAGCAAAGUACGGCAAGACACCAUUUCUUCUGAAAAAGUUCUUUUCUGAAGCACUAACGAGGUGCAAAGUUCCUAAGAUGGCAGCCCAGGUGAGAAAGUGCCGAACACACGUGGUCACCAUGCCGUGGAGAAACAGCAACCUCAUUGAUGAGGGAAGGAUCUAUGUCAUGCGUCACAUGGAAACUUAUUUUGGAGAAAGUGAGAAAGACUGGGAAUGUGGUCUCGGUCCGAGUGGAACUAAAAGCGUUGAGAUGUUCCGCAUCAAAUAUGCAAGGACCCUCUUGACAUGUAUUUACAACACUAGAGGCGGUGACAACCAGAAGAAGGCGACUCGUUUUUGGAAAGAGAAGCCCGCGAAAUUCAAGUUUGAGAAUUGGGUCGACCUAUACGGUAUUGAGUGAUGUGUGGUAUGCAUUAUAGAAUUGGUGAUGGGACAAAUAUUGGCAGCGUUUAAGCAAUCUAUUGAAUUUUAUGGUUAUCUUAUUAUUUGUAAAGUACAGUUUUUCGAACAUCCAUUAGUAUGAUUUUUGGGACCAAAA